UAGAACUCGUGGAGGUAGGAACGAAUGUCCUGACGCUAAGACUAGCCGGAACCUUUGCGCGGACAUGACGGAAGUUUAGACGGUUGCUCUGGGUGAACGAAAGGAACGUUGACAGAAUCGAAAAAGACACUAUUCUCUUCCCGCGCAUGAACCCAGUUUCCCUUGUCCCCCAACACAUGGCGUCCAAUUCUAACAUAGAUAUUGAGGAUGCGACCCAGCAUCUUCGGGACAUCUUAAAGCUCGACCGUCCCGGGAACACCACCGAUGCAUCCAGUGAUAAUCUAAGAAUGGCAACUUUAAAUAGAGAGCUGAAUGGGUUAUUGGGAGCAGCAGGCCUUCUGGGAGGUACGGAUCGGUCAUCCAUGUCGGACUCUACCAGACCCAUCUCCACAGACCUGUGCAGCACUCAGGAGUGUCAGAUAAUCUGCCUUUCUGGUGAUGAUGGUUCCACCUGUACCCCCAUCACCUCCAACAACGUGGAGAUAGUGGCAAGUCAGGAUACCAGCAUCAAUAGCAAGGCUCGUGGCAGCAACAAGGUAAAGAUUCAACCUGUUGCGAAGUACGACUGGGAACACAAGUAUUAUUAUGGCAGACUGAUUGCGGUCUCCAACUCCUUCCUGGCCUAUGCCAUCAGAGGAGCCAACAACCAUGCGAUGAUUCGCGUCCUGAGUGUGACUUUUGCCGAGCGCUCUCUGCUGAAGGGCUUCACCGGAGCUGUUACAGAUCUGGCCUUUGCCCACCUCGACUCCUCGCUGUUGGGCUGCGUAGAUGAGGCGGGCAACCUCAUGGUCUGGCAGCUCACCUGCACUGGAAGCAAGAUAUUUGAUCAGGUGGUAGUUCAUAUCCGACGGCCGGAGGACUCUCCGCUGAACUCCCACCGCCGCCUCAUCUGGUGCCCGUUCAUCCAGGAUGACAACGAUGAUAACCAGGACGACAUCAACCAGACGUUAGCCCUUCUCCACGAGGACUUGGCGGAGGUGUGGGACCUGGAGGCGUUGAGAGCCAACCACAGCAGUUGGCCCGUGGAUGACACGGACGUGAAAGAAGGUCUCAUCAUAGUCAAGGGACAUACCCAGAGGGUCAGUGAGGGGGCUCUGUCUCCGGAUGGAACAGUGUUGGCCACAGCCAGCCACGAUGGGUACAUCAGGUUCUGGCAGAUAUACAUUGAAGGGGUACAGGACAAGCCACGGUGUCUUCAUGAAUUGCGGCCCCACGGAGGACGUCCCCUCUCCUGCCUUCUGUUCUGCGACAACCACAAAAGACAGGACCCCGACGUACCUUUCUGGCGGUUCCUUAUAACUGGAGCGGAUCAGAACCAGGAGUUGAAAAUGUGGUGCACUGUUUCCUGGACCUGCUUACAGACCAUCAGGUUUUCACCAGAUUUGUUCAACUCCUCAGUUCUACCGAGUCUGAAGGCCAGUCUGGACCUCGCUUCAGAGUACCUCAUCCUCACUGACGUCCAGAGGAAGGUUCUGUAUGUGAUGGAGCUCCGGCAGGACCUAGAGAAAGGAAAGGCCAGUUUUACAGCAGUGUCAGAGUUCCUGCUGACUCACCCCGUGCUCAGCUUUGGGGUCCAGGACGUCUCCCACUGCCGACUGCGACACACCGAGGUUCUCCCCGCUGAAGAGGAGACUGAGAGUAUGACCACAGAGGGCACGCAAGGACUAACCGAGUCGAAGUCUGGGAUCCAGAUUAAACUCUACUGUGUCCACACCAAGAGUCUACAGGAUGUCCAGAUCUGGUUUCAGCCCAGCUCUCCAGUUUUCCUUCCCAAUUCUGAUACUCAGGAUGGUUUUGGCUUUUCAGACAAUCUCACUGACCACAGCUCGGACAAGGAAUCCGGGAGCGGCUCCCAAACUGACCUAAGGAAGAUCCCCUCUCUUCCUGCUACCACUGACUUCCUGUCAACCUCGGGGGCCAGCAGUGGGACCAAGCUAAUGACUCCGGAUGCCUUCAUGACACCAAGCACUUCGGUACCAGCAUCCCCGGGCAGCAGCGUCAGCAGUCUGACCGUUGUGACAGCGAUCAACAGCAACUCUGACUUAACUAACAGCGCUAUGGAUGAAGUCAGUCAGAGUCCAAGCAGAGCAGAGAACAACAGCAGCAGCAGCAGCAGCAGCCUGACACUUUCCAGCAGCAGCCCAAGAGCUGUUUCUGCAGUGCUUCUGCCUGGACUAGAGAACCUACAGGUGGGACACAGUUCCAACUUCUACCAGCCUCUUGAUACACUCACUAUGGAAGGCCUUUUCUCUCAUCAGCACACUCCUCAUCUACAUCCUCAGGCAUUAGCAUCCCCCAGCGGUCCUCUCGCACUGGACAGCCCUCAGGUUCUGGACUCCCCCCUCCUUCCUCCUCUGGCUUCUCCGACCAGAGCCCGCUCCCCCGACGUCAUCUCCUCGGCCUCCACCGCCAUGUCCCAGGACAUGCCGGAGAUUGCAUCGCAGACCCUACAGCUUCAGCGCAGCCACGUUUCCGGUUUGGAGCCGGUGCCUCUCUCCGCCCUCCAGACGGACAGCAUGGCUUCCGCUGCAUCUGCCCUGCACCUGCUCACCUCCCCGCGCUCAGCCAACAACGGCCUGUUGCCCCCGGAACUUGGGGGUGCAGAUGGUCCGGUGGGCGGAGGAGAUUCUGAGCCCAGGCUCAGCCACACCCCGUCCCUGCUGGAGAACGCCUUAUUGCAGGAAAACCCCGGGGUCGGUGGAGGCUCUUCAGACGGCAAUGUGGGCCACACAUCGUGGCCGGCUGCACCCGACAUCACCAGGGAAACCAGGAACAGUCUCAGGGACAACGGCCUCGGAGAAUAUUCGAGAGAGGAGUCGAAGGACAGACGCCUCAGCUCACCUUACCAUCGGCGCUCCUAUCACCUCACACAGAUUGACAGUCAGGACGCCGGCGGGGAGCAGAGUGACCCGAACGAUGAGGGGUCCGGCCUCGUAUCAUCCUCAGUAAAUUGCGGCUCUCGUUCCUCUCACCGACUACCGGUUAAGGACUGGAAGACAUCACCACGAGCCUCACCCAAAGUGAAGAGGAAGACCAAGAAAGAUGACGGGGAAUUGUCUCAGUCCAGGCAAAUGGACUCUGGUCAGAUGAAUGCCGAAGUGCAGGACGAGCUGCUGAUGCUCCUGCGUAGCCAGCAGAGGGAGCUCACUGACCUGCGUGGGCAGAUCGAAGCCAUGCAGAGCACCAUCAUGGCCCAAGUUGAGCACGUCCUCACCAACCACCAGGAGCAGGAGCAGCGGAGACUAGAGCGGGUUCUGGCAGAGAGACAAAGUGACCAGCAGCAGCUUCAGGAGCAGCUCAGCAGCACCCUUAGCUCGGUGCUAACCAACAGGAUGGACAAAGUGCUCCGGGAGGAAAUGAAGAAGACCGUCCCACCAAGCAUCUCUAAAAGUCUGGAGCCGGUGACGGGGCAGCUGAGCAACACCAUCGCUGCCAAGCUGACCGCCGUGGAGAUCACACUGAAGGAUAAUGUCAGCAAGGUGGUCAAGUCCAAGAACACGACGGAUGCGAUUGGUCGAGCAGCGGCCGAAGCGAUGCAGGGGCCCAUCCAGGCGGCCUACAAAGACACCUUCCAGAGCAUCGUGCUGCCGGUCUUUGAGAGAGGCUGCCAGUCCAUGUUCCAGCAAAUCAACGACAGCUUUAAACAAGGCACCCAAGAAUACAUCCAGCAGCUCGAGAGCCACAUGAAGAACAAGAAGCAGAGAGAGCAGGAGACACGAGACCCCGUGAUCAGCCAGCUCCAGCAGACCAUCGAGACCUUCCAGAGCUCCACCGAUCAGCUGGCCAAUAACAUCACGGCUAAUGUGCGGGCCGAGGUCCAGCACCAGAUCCAGAUGAUGGUGGGAAAUUUGCAGGAGUCGAUUCUGAGCCAUGUGCAGCGAAUCGUCAAAGGCGAGGUGAGCAUGGCGAUGAAGGAGCAGCAGGCGGUGGUCACCUCCAGCAUCAUGCAGGCGAUGAGGUCAGCGGCCAGCACUCCCGUCCCCACAGCGCACCUCGACUACCAGACGCAGCAGGCCAACAUCCUGCAGCUCCUGCAGCAGGGCCAGCUGAACCAGGCUUUCCAGCAGGCUCUGUCGGCCACAGAUCUGAACCUGGUCCUGUACGUCUGCGAGACCAUUGACUCCCAGCAGGUGUUUGGGCAGCACCCGUGUCCUCUCAGCCAGCCCGUGCUGCUGUCGCUCAUCCAGCAGCUCUCCUCCAACCUCACCACCCGCUCUGAGCUCAAAAUCAGCUACCUGGAGGACGCCGUGAUGAAUCUGGACCACGGCGACCCGCUGACCCGAGACCACAUGUCCUCGGUGCUGGCCCAGGUCAGGCCGAAGCUCUACACCUUCCUGCAGCAGGACCCCCACAGCCCGCUCAGCAAGAGGGCGCGCCGCCUGAUGAUGAUGCUGCAGGGCCUCGUCAGCCACUAGUGCAGCAGAGCCGUCUCCUCUAUAGAUAACGGAUCACACAAGCCCCUUCUUUUCUUUUUCUUGUAGUUACGGGCAGUUUCUCCAAGGCCCGGGCGGUCGUUGGGUGGAGAUAGAUUGGAAGACGAGAGUUUGCUUGGUUCGAGAAUACAGAUCUCCGCCCGUCUUCUCCUUUUUUUCUGAACAUAACUUGAAUGCAAGACAAUGUCCUCCGUUGUUUGUUUUUUUUAGACAUUCAUGUUCCUCCCGGCGACCAGAAGUAUGUAACCCUCAAAGACAUUUCAUGUCGGCGGCAUAUUUUCUUUCAGUUAUUUCGUAAUAGGUUGGAGAGGACAACCUUGCCAGGCCGAAUGCGUCUCUGCUCUGAAAAAGAUCAACGAGCCGCAUUGUUGUUAAUUGUAUUCGUUGCUGCGGUGUUACCCAGGGUGGGAAGCGCGUCUUGUACACUCUCCAUCUGUCCUAACAAGACGUCUCCGAUGGAUACAAAUAAGAUGAAAGAAUGAGAAAUAACAUUUAUUUUAAAUAGAACAAAUAUUUGCCAAGCUGCCCCCGGCUCAAAAGAAUUCCGCUUUAACAGUCUGAAAUGUUGGGAGCUCGACAUUGGGUUCUGCACGCCGUCCACGUGUACAUCGGUUUCCCCCCUCCCUUUUUAUAUAAACAUUUGGCAUUCGUGAGACCUGUACACCGGCUUUAAUAGUUGUCAAACUAGUUAUAAUACAUAAAACACUUGCCGAUAAUGUUCUUUUAUCAGGUUAUUCCAAAUGUUUGUGAAGUUAAUGUGCAGUUCCUCCUCAUAGACUCUAGGAGGCAGCACUUAGUUGGACUGCAGAUGUGCACCCUUCUCGUUAUUUUAGGUUUUAGGAUGCAUUCCUACUCUUCCAGUAUCUGUUUUACCAAACGUUCUGUUUCUGUACUGAGAGCGUAGGGUCAUUUGUGUCCGGCCCGUUCGCCCCCUGCAGGGCGGCCACACUGUUUUGUUGAUUGUAAAAUAAAGUUCUGUUGUUUUCACCUGCGUGUUUAGAGUUCUGUUGAGUUUAAAUUUGUCUAGCAAAGUGCCUUAUUGUAUUCAUGUUUGGGCCUUUAGACAAGUUAAAGCAUUAUUCCAUAGUGGUUCCCUUUUCUUUUUAAAGCGUUUGUGUCUAAAACGUUGACGGCUCCAAAUGCCAAAUAUUCAACCCGCGAUACAUUUGAUUUUUGGACGGACAUUUGAAUGAUCACGCAACAGAGCGGGAAAACGAUGCCAUUCAGACUACUAGCUCCUCCACUUCUGGGUUUUCUGUCCUCAGUCCAGAGGACGCGUCGACUCCUAAAGGCGGCGCUGUGUGGGAGACACAGGCAAGAGUAUGCUACUUUUUUUCCUCUGUCCAUUCUACUUGGAUGCUUAUGUUGUAUAUUUUACAUAUUAAUUUUACCCAUUUUGGAAUAAUAAAAAAAGUUGUUUA